UGCUCGGCAACGCGGCAGCAUCCCCGGCUUUACUCCUCUUCCUCUCGUGGGUGCGUGUGUGAGCGUGUGCGCAUUCCACUCAUUCACAGAACAGUGUGAGUAGUGCGCGGUGCUUGCCUCAUUCGCAGCGGCAUGGACAUGGCUUCCAACGGGAGCGCCGGCGAGGUCAGGGAAGUCCACAGCAGCGAGACCACCAAGACACUCCUCAAGAGCGACGCCCUCUACGACUACAUGCUGAAGACGAUGGUGUACCCGCGGGAGAACGAGUUCAUGCGCGAGCUCCGACAGAUCACCAGUGAGCACAUAUUCGGGUUCAUGUCGUCGCCGCCGGACGAGGGGCUGCUGCUGUCGCUGCUGCUCAAGGUGAUGGGCGCCAAGAGGACCAUCGAGGUGGGGGUCUACACCGGUUGCUCCGUCCUGACCACGGCGCUGGCCAUCCCGGACGACGGCAGGAUCAUCGCCAUCGACGUCAGUAGGGAGUACUUCGACCUCGGCCUCCCCGUCAUCAAGAAGGCCGGCGUCGCGCACAAGGUCGACUUCCGCGAGGGCCCCGCCGGCCCCAUCCUCGACAAGCUCAUCGCCGACGAGGACGAGGGGAGCUUCGACUUCGCCUUCGUGGACGCCGACAAGUACAACUACGGCAGCUACCACGAGCAGCUGCUGCGGCUCGUGCGCGUCGGCGGCGUGCUCGCCUACGACAACACGCUCUGGGGCGGCACUGUGUCCAUGCCCGACGACACGCCGCUCACGGAGGAGGACCGCAAGAAACGGGACUCCAUCAGGGGGUUCAACGCCAUGAUCGCCGCCGACGCGCGCGUGGAGCCCGUGCAGCUCCCUAUCGCCGACGGUAUCACGCUCUGCCGCCGCGUCGUUUGAUUCGCAUGGACCGGCCGUGUGCAGCAGCUAGCUGGUCGUGCGUCAAAUGUGUGAAACGAAAUAAAAUAAAUACGGGACUUCUUGUUCGAUA